AUGUCUGACGUCCAUUUGACUAGCAUUCGAAAUGCAUCCAACGCAGAAGAAGUAAUUUCGCGCAUAAAGCAAAUUGUGGAAGCAAAUGAUGUUUUCACAUUUGCUCAGUUUCUAUCAGAACCAGCAGUAGAAGCAAUUAAAAAUGAUGAAAAACACCACAAAUAUUACACUUUGUUGCAAGUUUUCGCCUAUGGAGUAUAUGCUGAUUCAGUUACACGUAAAGAUGAAUUGCCUGAUUUGACUGAAGCAAUGAUAGAAAAAUUGCGGCUACUGACGUUAAUUACAAUGUGUAAUCGUUCAAAGAUUUUUUCGAUCAAAGAUGCCAUGAAUGACUUGCAGAUUUCCGACCAACAAACUUUUUAUCGUCUCUUUAUUUCUGCUGUAUAUUCAGGUAUUAUUCAGGGACGACUGAAUUGUCAGAAAGGUGAAGUUGAGGCUUUCUCAUGGAAGAGUCGGGAUGUUGCUGAUGAUGAACUAGAUGCUAUUUGCCAUGAACUACAUAAGUGGAUCCAGCAGUGUAACAAAAUUAAAGAAGAACUGAGUCGUGUCGCAAAAAUUGCGGAGGAUUCCGUUACAGAAGCUGCUGAGCGCGAAAAAAAGGUACUUUAUAGUCUAAAUUUGUCGCAAUGCGUCACAUGUUCAAUGAGUCAAUGA